AGGUUGGCGAGGUCCCAUAGGGUGCAGCUGACGCCCGUACCCCAAGCAGACAGCAAACAGUUUGCAGCGGCAGAGCAGGAGUGUAUGGCUGGUCGAACGCCGGAGUUACUGUACCGACAAGUUGCUGGCUGGCUGGAAGUUUGCUGAUGCGCAUUCCUCACGCUCCGGGCGCCCGGCCAGGCGAUAGCACCACACAGACACACCACAACGCCACACUCGGAAGCACGUGCGUGCAGGGCCAGCGUUGAUCAGGGCCGGGCAAGCUCGGGCCAAGCCCUGGCAAUGUUUCAUGUUGGUGCAACCGUUGCUCGAUGUAUUGAUUGCAUGCGUACCGUGGCGAACAGAUGCAGUCGCUGAAGUGAAGUUCUGGACCUGGCAGAGCGGGCCUGGGCCACGGUGCCGGGACAGCGUGGCAUCAGAAGCUGGACGAGCUGGACAGCGUGGGUUUAAUCAAGAGUGUAGAUAAAUGUUGCGUUGCUGUAUUUUUUCAUGUGCACGCUCAACGUUUGCGUAAAGCAUCUCUAAUCAACCGCGAACAGACGGCCCCUUUUCGCCUUCGCCCACGUUGCGCACAUACCGUGUGCACACAAUGAACUCAAAGGCUACUGUAUAACUUUCUGCUUCAGCGCUGUCAAGGAUAUCUACAACCUUGUACCCUGGCCGAGAGCCUCGAUGCACAUGGCCGCGCUCCUGCUUUGCCUCCACCGCUAGUUGCAGACACCGCAUACUACUGCUGUUACUCCGGUGCAUAUACCUUCGAGAACGAUGGUCGCACCAGUCACUGCCGACUCUCGUGGGACGGCCCCUCCGCUGACAACCGACGCCGAUGAGCAGCUGUCGCGCCUGCCCCCCGACCUCAUCCACGCCCACGUCGCGCCACAGCUGCCGCCCGGUCAGCGGCUGGGCCUGCGCUGCGUGUGCAAGGCCUGGGCUCGCGCCCUCGAGGCCACCACCCCCCAUGUGAACCUAGUAAUGGAGGCUGGCUGGAUGCGGCAGCAGGAGGCCAAGGCCGCCGCAGCCGCAGCCGCAGCCGCAGCCGCGGCUGCCGCAGCCGCAGUGGCGGCAGGUGGCACCAGCACGGGCGCCGCAACUUCUGCCUUGCAGCUGCUUCCAAACGAGGACUCGGGCAUGGACCCGGACGACACGGACUCGCCGCCAGACGACGACGACGCCGCGGAGCCGCAGGGCCGGGAGAUUUGGACGCACGCCGACCUGGCGGCGCGGCAUGAGGAGGCGCAGGGCUCCGUCCGCCGCGUGCCGAACGCCGAGGUGGACCUGGCGUGUGCCGGACUUGGCGGCGCCGGCUACGGUGCCAGCGUGGCCCGGCGCUUCGAGGGCGCGCGGGCGCUGCGGCUGUGGCUGGGCGGCCGGCCCUGGGGCGCAGACAACCUGCUGCCGCCCGCAUGGGACCAGCGGGAACAGCAAGGCACGGGCGAUGCCAGCGUUGCCGCUCCCGGCAGCAGCAGCAGCAGCAGCAGCAGCAGCCACCAUAGCACCGUGUGGGGCCGCAUCGGCAAUGUCGUCAGCAUGGGCGGCAGCGGCAGUGGGCCGGGCGCGUUCUCGGUGGCGGCGUCGCGGGGGCUGGCACAGGACGUGCGCGACACGGCCGUGUGCUUCGCGAGGGCGCCCUUCGCGGCCGGCCACCGCCAGAUCGUGGGCAGCGUGGUGGCCGUCAUCUCAGUCGCCGCCAUGGCUUCCGCAACCGCGCUUCCAUACCUGGUGUAUACAGCUGUGUGCCUGUACGCGCUUGCGUUCUGUAAGGAGCUGGUGCGGCUGUCGCGCGUGCGCGCGGCGCGGGCGCGGGGGCAGCGGCAGGCGGUUGGCGCGGCUGAGGGCUGGCGCGCGGCAGUGGCGGCUGCGGAGCGUGACGUGCGGUGGCGUGCGGUGCACUCGCCGGCUGAGGACGCGGCGGACCGAGGCCGCAGCGUCUUCCAGAACAUGGCACGUGAGCGGCCGGGCCUGACGGAGUGGCCCUCGCUGGCCGCCUGCCUGGCAUGGCUGUCGGCUGCCAGGAAGAAGACGCCCCGCCGCGCGGCGGGCGCUGGUGGUGGUGCAGCUGCCGUUGGCGGAGGCGGCAAAAGCGGCGGCGGCGAUGCCGGCGGCGGUGGCGGCGGCGGUGGCGGCGGCGGCGGACUGCGGCGGCUGACUCACCUCAGCGCGAUGAUUGUGUCGUACACGUCAGAGCUGGAGCCUCAGGCUCUGCGGCAGCUGGCCUCCCUCACGCCCGCGCUGCAGGGCCUGGCGCUGCACUGCCGCGAGUCCCUGGCCGGCCGCUACGGCCCCACCUGCAUGGUCUCGCUGCCCUCCCUCACGCCCCUGGCCCCGCUGGGGGCCACCCUGCGCACGCUGGUACUCAGCGGCGUGUGCCUGGGCGAGAGCUGCCACCCCGGCCUGGGGCCCGAGGUGUUCCGCUCCGUCAGCAGGCGGGCCGCGGGGCUACCGCCGCGGCUGGGCCUGGAGGCGCUCACCGGGCUGAGGGCGCUGGUGCUGCACCGCGUGCGCGGCCGCAUGCACUGGCUGCUGCCGCAGCUGCAGGUGCUGAGUGGCUUGACACGUCUGGAGUUGUUGGAUCUGGAUUACAUCGGCGGCGCCGCCAGCGCCAGCCAGUUCGACAAGGCGGCAGCGGAGGCGCGGGCGGAGGCGGAGGCGGCGGAGGCGGAGGCCCGCCGCGACGCGUGGCGGCGCGCGCGGCUGGCAGCGCACGGCGAGUGGACGCGGCGGGUUAAGGAGCAGAAGGCGCGGCGGGAGGCGCGGGCGGCGCGGCGUAGCGCGAGGGCGGCGGCGGCAGCGGCGGCAGGCGCAGCAGCGCAGGCGCGCGUAGCGCACGCCGCGGCCACGACCGCGGCCGCAGCUGCGGCUUCGACAGAGGCCGCGGCCGCAGCCGCUCCUGUUGCACCCCCCGGCGAGGUUGCGGCCACAUCUGCCGCCGACGCGGAGGUCAAUGACGGAGGCGGCGGCGACUGGGUUGUCGUGUCGGCGGCAGCCAGCAGCAUUGAGAUGGCCGGCGCCAGCACUGGGCUCGCGACUGGCAGCGACACGCUGCCGCUGGCUACUGCUGCACCAGUGGCCGCCGCGGGCUCUGCUGGUGCCGCCGCGAGCACCCCAGCGGCGCAGCACCCCAGCGGCGGCGGCUCAGCCUCAAACAUGGCUGCCUUCGUCACAGCCUCCAAAGCCGCAACAGCUGCCACAGCCGCCACCUGUGACGACGACGUCAGCGGCGGUGGCAGCGGCACCAGUACGGACGUGGAAAGCUGGAACUCGGAAGGAGACCCGCAGCUGGGCUUGCUGUGGGAUGCCAUGAUGAAUGACGACGCACACACCACCAGCAACGACACCACCGACGCCAACACCAGCGGCUGCAAUGCCACAGUUGGGUCGCCGGCAGCGCCGGCUCUGCCCCUGGACCCCGAUGACGGCGGCUACGCGGCGCCCUUCUUCGGGCUGCAUCACUUCCGGGGCUAUGAGCGGCCCUGGCCCCGGUGGCGCGAGGUCAUGGCGGCCCUGGGCGAUCUGGUGGCGGCGGUGUCGGGAGGAGGCGGCGGCGGCGCCGGCGGCGGCGGCGGCGGCGGUGGCGGCGGCGGCGGCGGCGGUAGUGGUGGGGGUGGGGGUGGGCUGCGGGUGCUGUCGCUGAACGUGGAGUGCCCCGCUGACCCCGAGCGAGGCCAGCCCGCCUGGGAGCUGCUGCUCCGCUCCGUGCGGCGCCACUGCCGCGGCCUCACAGAGCUGCGCCUGCCGCACCUGGGCCUCGCGUCCCAGCAGCAGGCGGCGGCGCUGGCGGCGGCGCUGCCGGCCUUGCGGCACCUGGAGCUGGGGUCGCUGCCCGCCGCCAGCCUCAGCCGCAGUGAUCUGGCGCGGCGGCGGCGGCUGCAGCGGCGCGACGCGGCGGCGGCGCGGCGGCGGGAGCGGGUGGAGGGCCGGGCGGCGGCGAGGGCAGGGCGGGGGGAGGCCUCGGAGGUGGAUGGCGGUGUGGCGGGUGCGGGGGCUGACUCCACGGCUGAGGCUGCUGGAGAAGGUGGCGGUAGUCCAGCCGCUGCCGCUACCGCUGCUACAGCCGCAGCAGCUGUUACAGCCGCAGCUGCUGCUACAGCCGCAGCAGCUGCUACAGCCGCAGCAGCUGCAACAGGCGCCGACAGUAGUGCUGCUGCUGUGGAGCGGCCGCAGCAGCUUCGCUCCCUGGAGGAACUGGAGCAACACUACCUGUGCAGGCAGCAGCAGCAGCAGCCAGGACGAACGGCGGUGCCAACGACAACACAGCAGCCGGCGCCGGCGUCGGCGCCGCACCCACAAGCGGUCUGGGUCGCGGGUAAGGGCACACGCACCACCCCAACCACCACCCCAGCCACGACCACCGCCGCCACCAGCACCACCAACAGCCAUGACGCCACCGCGAGCGAGCGGCUGGGUGCCGGCGGCGGCCGGCUGGCGUGUUUCCGCUCCCUGGAGUCUGUGGAUGUGCGCAGCUCGGCGGUGGAGGAGCUGGCGGCCUACGGGCUGCCGCUGGCGGCGGCGGGGCUGUGCCGGCGGCUGACGGGACCUGUGAGGCUGCAGCUGCGCAACCGCGCCGAGGGCCAGGCGGGAGACCACCUCACACUGGCGGUGACGGACCUGCUGCACCUGCACUCGUCGCUGCUGCCGGUGCUGCACACACUGCCGCCCGCCGCGCCCCUCGGCCCGCUACCGCCAGCUGCAGCCGCACAGACGCGCGACGCGGCUACUGACACUGAGCGCAGCAGCGGCACCGCCACCACCACCCCUACCACCACCACCCCUACCACCUCCCCUACCACCACCCCUACCACCACCCCUACCACCACGCCUACCACCACGCCUACCACCACCCCUACCACCUCCCCUACCACCACCCCUACCACCGCCACCGCCACCCAGCGCAGCACCGGCGCGGGUCUGGCGCUGCGUGUGGGUCCGGCCCGCGGCGCCACCGGGCCCCUGCUGAUGGCCAUGCUGGGCACCUGGGUGCCGCACUGCCUUGUGGAGCUGGAUGUGAGCAGCCUCACACACCCCGGCACCGCCUCCGGACCCGAGCUGCUCGGCACCCUGACGCGCAUCCAGAGUUCGCUGCCGCGCCUGCGCCGCCUUGCCACCUGCCUCUGGGCCGUGCGCCCCAGCUUACUCAGCCCCGACGCCUCCGGCUCUGACGGCGAGGUCCUCGCCGGCAACGGCGCGCCCGCAGCCGCCAGCAGCAGCAGCAGCAGCAGCAGCAGCAAGAGCAGCAGGGCCGCCGCGGAGGCGCGAGUGGCGGCGCUGACGCGCGCUGUGCGGGCGGCGGGCGGCGGGCGGGAUGCAGUGACGCGGGGGGCUGCGGGCGGGGUGCCGUGGGCGUUGGUGGAGUGCGUGCAGGGGCUGCACGAGCUGCAGGAGCUCCGACUCAAGGUGGUUGCCCUGGCCGACUGGGCGCGGCCGCCCGUGUCGCCUGGUGUGGGCGUGUCGAGGGCCUACCAGCCGCAGCGGGUGCCGCUGGGGCUGCUGGCGGCACUGGCGGUGCCGGCGGCGGGCCGGGCAGGGGGGCCGCUGAAGAUUGUGGACUGCAGUCCGCUGGAAUGCUGGUGCUGCGUUGACGACGCGGGGAAGGACGCGGACCCUCGCGCGCUGAUCACCAACACCCGCGCCGCCCUGGCAACGGUUUGCCGCACCCUCCACGGCAGCAGCAGCAGCAGUGGAAGUUGCAGUAGCAGCAGUGGCGGCAGUGGCGGCAGCAGCAGCAGUGGCGGCGGCUGUGUCCUGGUGCUGGCAGUGGAAGAGCAGUUGGCGGCGGCGGAGGGACGCAGCCCGGCGGCGGAGGAGCGGUGGCGAGAGGAGGUGGUGGCGGCGGGGCAGCAGUAAACUUAAAGAGCGCCAGCGUCAUUCACGCCCGCGAUGGGUGUGUGGGCAGUGUAAUCUGUGUGGUGUGGGGCGUUGUGAUUGAUGUUUGUGAGAUGACGCAGGGAGAAAGGCGGCGCAUGGAGUGUGCGCGUGGCGGCCUUGCAGAUACGUUUGUUGACUCUUGUCGGCAAGGCGUUGGUGGGGUCGUCGCGGGCUGCGGCAUGGUGGUGUGCCGUGAUGCUCUUGAUUGUACUGAAACGUACUGAAAGAGAGCCUGGGGCGGGUAGACACGCAGAGAGAAUCGUGAGCAGCUCAAGGGCCGCAUAGGUUACAGGGGGACCGAAGUGGAAGGGUUAGUGACUAACAACAACAUGAGUAGUCCCAGGCCUGGUGCACUACUGAGACGGGUCGCGCAUUGACCGCAGCGUGGCCGUCGCAAGGCCACGCUCAAUUAGCCUAUGAAUGUAUAAAUCGUUCAAGGAAGACUGCAAUCGCCAGCUGUGCUCGUCUAUCAGCCGCCUGCCCAAGCGGCGGGUUUGCGGUGCCCCGCCCGGUAUCACCAAUAAGUAAACGGGCUGCUUAGUAAUCACGAUAGCAACGCAGAAGCACACAGCCCACACCCACACAGCGCAAGCACAUCGGCCAGCAAGUAGUACCUGUACGAUACCGCUCGGUACAAUUACGAGAUGAACUGUUAUCACUGUACCGCAUACAAACAGCGCACGCAACGCACAACCAGUACUUUCCGCCUGCAAGAGAAUACCGCAGUAGGAUAACCGUCAACCCCGCACCCAACACCCGCGCGCGCGCAGCACCGCUGCCUGCAACACACGCAGGCCGCAUUGUCUUGGACAUUUCCACAUUCCUGCUCUCUCUCUGUCC